UUUUUAAUCAUAAAUUUUUCAUACACCACCCAUCAUUAAUUUUUGAUCAACUUUCAAAUAAAUUUUCAUUUCGAAUUGACAAUCCAGAAUCGAAGAAAAAAAAACCAAAAUGAAUGAACAUCGAAGUGAACUAUUUGAAGAAGUUCGACUUUAUCGUACAGCACGUGAACGUGAACAUUAUGAUAAUAUGGCCGAUCUAUUUUCAGUAAUUAAUACAUUAAAUCUUUUGGAAAAAGCAUAUAUUCGUGAUUCGAUUACAUCAAAAGAAUAUACGGCAACAUGUUCAAAAUUAUUGGUACAAUUAAAUGUUGCAUUCAAUCAGGUGAAAUCGGAUGAAUUUCCAACAAUCGAAACAUUUAUGAAUAAAUUUCGUUUUGAUUGUCCAGCUGCAUUGGAACGUAUACGUGAAGGACGACCAAUAACAAUAAAAGAUGAUAAAGGUAAUACAUCAAAAUGUAUUGCCGAUAUUGUAUCAUUAUUUAUUACAAUUACCGAUCGUUUACGUUUAAAUAUGAAAUCAAUGGAUGAGUUACAACCAGAUAUUAAAGAUUUAUAUGAUACAAUGAAUCGUUUAACAUUAUUACCACAAGAUUUUGAAGGAAAAUUAAAAAUUAAAGAAUGGUUGGAUAAAAUGUCAUCAAUGCGAGCCAGUGAUGAACUGAAUGAUGAACAAGUACGACAAUUAAUUUUCGAUAUGGAAUCAUCAUAUAAUGCAUUCAAUAAGAUUCUACAUAAUUCAUAAUAAUAAUAUUAUUUUGUUUUUAA